AUGGGAACACGACCUGAUGUUAUAACAAUAACUGACUGGCUUGCUCCAAUCAUAUGGGAAGGAACUUACAAUAGAUCAACCCUGGAAAAACAUUACAAAAAGCUGAACGUUACCAUAGGCUUGGCUGUAUUUGCCACUGGAAAAUUUGUAGACCAGUACCUGACACAGUUCAUACAAUCUGCUGAAAGGCACUUUAUGAUUGGCUACCACACAAUCUUUUACAUCAUGGUGGAUAACUUCACCAAGCUACCUUACAUAGAGUUUGGUCCCCUUCGAACGUGUAAAAUUUUCAAAGACCAUAAUUUUGAUCAAGACUUUCACCUCAAAAACAUGAUGAACUUAAAGAUGAACAUCUUAGGCUACAUCCAGCAUGAAGUCAACUUUCUCUUCACCAUGGCCGUCAACCAGAUCUUCAAGAAAGACUUUGGAGUAGAAACCCUGGGCAGCUCUGUAGCUCAAAUCCAUGCAUGGUGGUAUUUUAAAAGUCCUAGGGAUUUCCCUUAUGAGAGGAGACAUAAAUCAGCAGCUUUCAUCCCCUCUGGACAAGGAGAUUUCUAUUACCAUGGUGCAAUUGUUGGUGGCAUACCCCGUGAGGUUUUAAAUGUCAUUAAAGAAUGUCAGAAAGGAAUUAUUCAGGACAACACCAAUGACCUUAAAAGUCUUUACGAAAGCCACCUAAACAAAUACUUUUUUGUCAACAAACCCACUAAGCUGUUAUCACCGGAAUAUAACUGGGAUCCAAAGUUUAGAACCCCUUCACAAAUUAAGCAUGUUAAGAUAGCAUGGCAGUCAGGAAAAAUGUGA